GCAAAGUGAAAACGAGAACCGAAACAAGUCAGCAGACUCCGCAGUUCGCUCGUUGUUCCGUUGUCUGCGUCUCGACGACACCCCUCAAUGUGCAUUCUCUAAUCGGACAUUGCUUUGUUUUGGUGCUUCAGUGUGGCAAGCCACACGUCCACUCUUCCCAGUCGAUAUAAUGAAAUUGUUAUGGACGAUAUCAACGAUAUUGCUCAUCUCGUCAACUGUAGCAGGUUCUAACAAUGGAAACACAAGACUGGAUAUGGCGGCUCAAAGGAGAGCUUCCAAUAUCCAUCGCAUGGACACCAUCAUACUCCUCACCUACGUUUCCGUUAUGGUUUUGAUUGUAGUCACCGCGUGGGCUUUCAAACAUUACCGAUUCAGAUUUAUUCAUGAAAGUGGAGUCACUCUUUUUUAUGGAUUAUUGAUCGGUUUUGUCAUUCGAUACUUUGGUUUGGGUUUGUUGCAGUCUCAAACAUUUGAUGUCAUUACAAAGAACAAAACCAUAGUGAAAGAGCCACCAGAUUAUUUGAUGCUCGAAGUAAAACCAGAGGGUGGAUCCCGCGUAUCAUUUCACUAUGAGCUGAUUGAAGGAUUUUUCGCUGACAAGCGAAAAAAGAUUGAGCAGCAAAUUGAGCAAAAGAGUGUUUUCUCACCAGAAGUGUUCUUUAACAUGCUUAUUCCGCCCAUCAUUUUCAAUGCGGGAUAUUCAUUGAAGAAACGUCACUUUUUUAGAAACAUUGGAAGUAUCUUAGCUAUUGUUUUCAUUGGUACCACAAUUUCGUGUUUCGGAACAGGAUGUCUGAUGUUUGUGUUCACAUCAAUAUUUCAAAUGGGAUAUUCUUUCAAAGAACUUUUGUUUUUUGGAGCAUUGAUUUCCGCCACGGAUCCUGUCACUAUAAUCUCCGUGUUUAAUGAUAUGAACGUUGAAGCCGACUUGUUUGCGUUAAUAUUCGGAGAGAGCGCAUUGAAUGAUGCAGUGGCCAUUGUGCUUUCAGAGGUCAUUGAAAACUUUUCAACCAGUAGUGAAGCAAUCACACUUCAGGACUUUGGAAGUGCAAUUGCAGGGUUUGCAGGAGUUUUCUUUGGAUCCCUGAUGUUGGGUUUCAUGAUUGGAUGUAUGAACGCGUUCCUCACAAAAAUGACACUCAUUUCCGAACAUGCGUUACUAGAGAGCUCUCUAUUUGUUCUCAUCUCUUACAUAUCAUUUCUAGUGGCUGAAGUUUGUGGUUUAACAGGAAUAGUUUCUGUGUUGUUCUGUGGAAUCGCUCAAGCUCACUACACGUACAACAACCUAUCCGACGAGUCGCAAAGUAACACCAAACACUUUUUCCAUAUGGUGUCAUUUAUUAUGGAAAGUUUCAUUUUCUGCUACAUUGGUGUUAGUGUAUUUGUUACCAAUAAUCAACGUUGGAGCUUCUCCUUUUUGCUCUUUUCAUUGAUAUCUAUUACUGCUUCACGAGCUCUUUUCGUCUACCCGCUCAGUUGGCUGCUCAAUAUACGACGUCGGCCAAAAAUUCCCAAAAGGUAUCAACACAUGAUUUUGUUUGCUGGACUACGUGGAGCAAUGGCAUUUGCACUUGCAGGAAGAAACACCUCAACUGAAAAUCGACAGAUGAUCUUUGCAACAACAACUGCAGUUGUCAUAGUGACCGUUUUGGUGAAUGGUGGACUUACUUCCUGGAUGAUUGAUUAUCUUCAAAUCAAACACGGCAAGGAUGCUAUUGAAGAAGGACAACGCCUCGAAAACUCCAUGUCUAGUUCGCCGGCAGAUCAGCAUUCUGAUCUAGAUGAGUCUGUUCCAGUGACAAUGUCACCGGGUCUCAAUCCAUGGGACAAGGCAUUCCUGCCAAGGAAGUGGUAUCAUUUUGAUGCCAGUUUCAUGAAACCUCUACUGACCCAUGCGACGCCAUCUUUGGAACAAACACUCCCACCGUUCUGUCUUCCAUUGACUUCCUUGUUGACUUCAAGCCGUCAACGCGCGGGCGAGACGUCAUCAUUCGAUUGCGAGUAAGCUGUACACCGCCUUGUGUUGUUACGUCAGUGCAGAGCCCUUCAAUACAAUUGUACAAUCAGGGAUUCCAUUGAUUGAUGGCUCCGGUUGUGAUGAAGAAUCAGUUUAAUAAUAUACAUUUAGAUAAUUUAUAUACAAAAACAAUACCGAUGUCCUAAUGUUCUCCCACUCAUUUUCUCUUUUCUUGUUGCUCCAGUCUCCCUCCUCCAUUUCCAGUCAAUUCCAAUUAAUUUCUCUUACUAGUUUCUCGCGGUGAUUACGUUUUCUUUUCAUUUUGCACGAGUUGAGUACUACUUUCUAACGGAAUUAUUUCGUUUGUUCGGCUUUAAAAUUUGCAAAUUUGUGAUUAUUUUCCUGUUGAAUGUGCUUUGUAACUAUUAUUUAUUUUUAAAUACAAUACGAUGAUU